AUGGAUUUAAAAACUUCUGUUUAUAAUGCUGCGGCAGAUGGAGAUUUAGACCAAUUGAAAAAAUACCUUGAUGGAAAGACUAGUAGUGAAAUUGAAGAUAUAAUUUGUUCACUCACAAAUGGAGCGACCCCACUCGUAAUAGCAUGCCGAAAUGGUCAUUUUGAUGUCGCACAUUAUUUGAUAAUGGAUUGUCAUGCCGUUGUCGAUCAAGUCGGAGCAGUGACAUUCGACGGGGAAACAAUUCAAGGGGCUCCUGCCCUUUGGUGCGCAGCAGCUGCUGGAAAUCUAAAAUUAGUGAAACUUUUAGUGUCUCAAGGCGCGAAAGUGAAUUGCACAACAGAAUCAAAUUCGACUCCUUUGCGAGCAGCUUGCUUCGAUGGACAUUUCGAUAUUGUAACUUACCUCAUUCAACACGGAGCAGACAUCGAAAUUGCAAAUAAGCACGGUCAUACGAGUCUCAUGAUAGCUUGCUAUCAGUCCCAUUACCUUAUUGUCAAAUAUCUACUGGACUGUGGUGCCGAUGUGAAUAAAAGAACAGUAAAAGGCAGUACGGCACUGCACGACUGCGCAGAAUCAGGCAGCCUGUUGAUACUCAAGAUGUUGAUGAACCGCAACGCAAAGUUCGAAGCUGACCUUUGUGGUACCACACCUCUGUUGUCAGCAGCAAUAAGCGGCAAUGCUGUAGUCGUUGAGUAUUUUAUCCAGUAUUUUAACUGCUCAAAACUGGAUAAAAUCAACGCAUUAGAACUGCUGGGGGCUACAGAUAUUGACAUGAGGAGGAACAUGUUUGCAGGGCUCAAAUGUUGGAGACGUGCGAUGAACAUGAGGUAUGAAGAUCCCAGAUCUCUGCUGCUGAAGCCAGACUCGGAGACCCCGUUCAGCGAAUACAUCCAAUCCACAGAAGUGAAGACGCUCGCUCAGCUGGAAGAGCUGAGGUCGGAUCCGGACGAACUGAGAAUACAAGCUCUGCUGGUCCGAGAAAGGAUCCUAGGUCCGACUCAUCCCCAUACAGUCAAUUUCCUGAGACUCCGAGGAGCCGUGUAUGCGAAUAGUGGAAGUUUUGAAAAGUGUAUUAAAUUGUGGACGUAUGCAUUAGACGUUCAACAGAGGUCGUCAGACCCUGUCAGUCCACUGACUCAAAGCAUCCUCCUCUCGUUCGUGGAGCUAUUUUCUUGCAUGAUGCCCAACGCUCAAGGUCGAGAAAGGUACAUGCCUAUUGUUCCGUUCUGUUACGUGCUGGAUAUUUUCGAGAGGAGUCUCCAAGUACUGGAAAAGGCGAUGGACAUUUCUCGCAGGCAGCAGGAAUGCAGCGAUGUGGGCGGCCACUUCCAUCGUACCCUUUCCAUCGUCAUGCAUAUGGCGGAACUCCUGUGCCAACUACUUCCUGGACUUAGCGAAGUUGAAGUUUUGCGACUGAAGCAGGCUGUGUAUCGAUUUGUCCACUUGAAUCCCAGGGGCAAAAAUAACUGCACUCCUCUACACUUGGCAUGCUCCAAGAGCCCAUGCAUGGCAGUCCGUCAUACGGUGUGUCGUUUCCCUUCUCAAGCCGUGACGGAACUUCUCCUGGAAGUUGGGGAGUCUCCCAACUCUGUAGAUUUUGAUGGCAACACGGCACUACAUUUGAUUGCCUCCAUAAAGCCCUGCCCCAUGAAUCUCUUCAAAACUCUCUUGAGUCGCGGCGCUCAUCUCGAUCUGAGCAAUAUACACAGGAUGACGCCUCUCCAUUUGAUCCAAAAUGCACCCAUCUCUGAUCUGUACCCAUUGCAAUACAUAAACUUACAGUGUCUCUGUGCUCGGGCCGUUCGAUCUUACAAUGUACCGUACGAAGGAAUGGUGCAUGAAAGUCUGGAAAGGUUUUUAGACUUACAUUGAAUGGAUGCUAAUUUUUAAAAUCUCAAAUCAGUUUUUAAAAUUUGGAAAGUAGCAUUAGCCCUCUUCGACUGUUCGGGGGACUUGAAAAGUAACAGUUUGAUCCUUGUGUAAAAAAUUGUGUGUCUGUCUUCACAGAGCUGUUGAUAUUCAUGUAGUAUGUGAUAUUGUAGUUCUUCAGUCAUUUCCUUGGUGGCAGUACUGAAAUAAAUCAAAGUAUCUUGCUGAUUUUUUUUUUUUUUUUUUUUGCAACAUCCAAGAACCAAACAAUUUUGCCGGUGCUUUCAGUCGUAGCAUAUUGCUUGUCAGUUCGUUGAUUUUCCACUUAGCAAAAAAAAAAAGUUUCCCCCCGCCGGCAUUUUUCACCUGUUUUUCUUAAUUUUACAUGUUAUGAAACUUUUUAUCUUUAUUAUUUACUCAGUAUACGUAUUUGGCAAAUUGUUUUGCAUUUUAAUGGAACUUUUAAAUGUUUUUAGUAAGCAUUAAGCAAAUUAGUACUGUGAAAAUUGAUGUUAUUGAUAGCUUGUUUUUUAUUUAUUUAUUUAGGGGGGGGGGGGCGGGAUUUUCGUUUGGAAUGGUUUCCUUUCAUUGAAUGGUUAAUUAUUUUUCAAUUUAUUAAAGUUUUUAGGAUAGUUUUGGUUAAAAUAUCUUUGACUUGAACUGACCAAUCAGAGAUAAAUGAAACAUUAUAUUGCUAAGUGCCUAUAAUGUUAAAGGACAAGAUUACCUAACUAUAUGAAUGUCAAUUAGUUUCUUGAUGCUAUGUUACAAUUUACAGAGACUGACGCAAAUAUUUAUCACUUAGUGGACAUUUACACUUCAAACUAUGUUCAAGAAUUUGUAGAUAAGAUUUUAAAUUUUUGAUUUCCAAGCUAAAAGAAUCAUCAGGCAGCUUUCUACUGUUCUUUUAUUUUUCUGAUUUUUAUUUCAAAAUUGCACACUUCUUGUAAUGCGUAAUAUAUUUCUGUGGGAUUGUGUAAUGGAACAGGUUGCUGUUCUUUUGAAAAGAGGGAGCUAAUGCUUGCUUUUUUCUCUUGCAAUAUGAUAAUCCAACUGUUCUUGCAAAUUUUCUUUUGUCUCAAUUGUUGCUUAAAGUAAAUGAUGGUUAAAACUUUUUUAAAUCUUUAUUUUUUGUGAAUGGGGAGAUUUUUAAGUGAAACAGCAAUUUUGAAGUUCCUGCUGUUUUGAUGCUGUCAUCUCUGUUUUGUAUGAAACAUAAAAUACAAUUGAGUGUAUAAAAUACAAUUCAGAUUUUUUUUUUUUUUUUCUUUUUUAAUAAGUUAAUAAAGGAGCUAGGAAGUGUUUCUCAAUAUAUUUAGCACUUUUAAAAGUUCACUGAGCUCUUUAUAAGUUCAAGAAGUUUGAUCUCAUUAAAAUGCAUUAUUUGUUUUAAUGUUAAUAAUAUUUUGUACUUGUGUAAGUAAUUGAAUUAACUGUAAAGGCAAAUUUUCUUUCUUUUUACCAUUUACUUUUUUUGUUAUGAAGAAAAUCAUAUUUUUGCUCUUUAACAAUGCAGUAAAAGUUUCUGUAUCAUUUAUAAGAAACUUGCACUUUGCGGAAGCAAAUUCAAGGAUUUUAUUUCCGGAACCAUGUGCAUGCACAUAAUGUGCAUUUUCCUCAGCUCUCGUUAUUAAAAGAAAUCAUGUUGUGCUCAUCAGUUUUUUUUCGUGAUUCCUAAAUUCCAUAAUUCAUUAUAUGUUAUUACUGUACAGUUUUCUUUGAACUACUUGGCAGUCAAAAGAACUUGGAACCCCAAAAUACACCCGAGGAAUAUUUUUUUCAAAUUUAUGCUUUUUUUUCCGUUAAUUUUAUGUUUUUCAUUCAUGUUAAGUAUGUAGGUAAUUACAUGUUUCAUGAAUUAUUUGUCGAACUUCAAACAAAUGUGGAAUAUGAUGCUAUUGAAUAGGAGUUAUUUUUAGUAAAUAUUUUCAAAUUCAAUUAUGUAUUUCAAAACUUUUUCAGUUCUGUAAAUUUUUUCAGAAGUUUGCUUAUUAUGGGAAUCAGAUUGAUUAUAUAUAUGGCUUAUUUCAAAAACGAAAAAAUGUUUAGUAACAACUAGUUUGGCAUUGUUUUACUUUUGGAGGUGAACCAAAGUUUUUCUUACAAUGUAAUGUAGAUGUGUUUGAUGAAUUUCAAAAAUUUAAUGUAUUUAUACUUUCUUUAUGUUUUACUAUUUGUUAGUGCAUAUUUCUGCUUUUCAUCUUUCUACAAUCUGAUGUCUGAAUCUUGCAAAAAAAUUGUUUGCUGAUUAAUAUAAAUUAGGUUUUAUAUUUUAUUAUAGUUGAAUUUAGUUUUGACAUGCUUUCAUUAUGUUUGUUGUUUAUCUUUUUCAAUUUUAAAAUUUUAAGCCUUUUUUUACAAUGGAUAAGAGCGCUUUUGUAAAAGUCCCUAUUUUAAAUUUGUUUCAAUGGCAUUGGUUGUGAAAUAUCAUAUUCAUUUCAUAUUUUUC